AUGUCCGAGCGAAAAGUCUUGACGAAAUACUACCCACCUGAUUUCGAUCCCAGUGCGAUCGGGCGCACACCCAAGCACCUGCGCAAGCAGGGCCCGAAAGUCAUCACCGUCCGAUUGAUGGCACCUUUCCCUAUGAAAUGCACCAACUGUGGCGAAUAUAUCUACCGUGGACGUAAAUUCAACGCCCGCAAACAAACCCUCGAAGAAAAAUACCUCAAUAUCCCCAUCUACCGCUUCUUCAUCCGUUGCACACGAUGCAGCGGAGAGAUCACCUUUCGUACCGAUCCAAAGAACAUGGACUACGAAUGCGAAAAGGGUGCUAAGCGGAACUUCGAGCCAUGGCGCGAUUCCAAGUCCGGAAAAUACAAUGAAACCGAAGAAGAAACCCUCGACCGAUUGGAACGCGAAGAGAAUGCCGAACACGAACAACAGGAACGCGAUAAGAUGGCCGAGUUGGAGGAGAAGAUGCACGAUUCGAAGCGGGAGAUGGCGAUUGCGGAUGCGCUGGACGAAAUCCGUACUCGAAAUGCGCGCAUUGCACGGAAUGAAGGCAAGGACGACGAGGCAGCCCUCGACUCUAUUCAUGAACAGGUAGACGAGUCACUUCUGCAGGCUGAAAAGGAGGAUGAAGAGGCUGCACGCAAGGCAUUCAUGACCGCCGAUGGGGAGAGAAUUAAACGCAUUGUUGACGAGGAGGGGGAGGAGCCCGCCCCAGCCGCAGCUCCUGUAUCAACAGAACCUAAGCCCGCCGCGUCGAUCUCGAUGCCCCCGCCUUCAUCAUCAUCCUUUAGCAGAGUGAAGAAGACCAAGAAAAGUGGCAAUCUUUUGGGUAUCAAAAAGAAGCCCUCACUGGUAUAA